AUGUCGUCGAGCGCGACGCGCGCGCGGAGGCUCGCGUCGACGGCGGCGCGGGCGACGUCGUCGAGCGCGCGCGCGUCGACGGCGGUCGAGGGCGCGAAUCGAGCGCGCGACGCGCGGCGACGCGGGACGAAUCGAGGCGGGAGGCGCGACGACGACGACGACGACGAGAAAGACGCGCGGAAGCGAGCGACGGACGCGACGACGCGCGAGGCGUACGUCGCCGCGCUGGGGGACACGGUGCGCAAGGUGAAGGUGCUGUCGCUGGCGUCGCUGGCGGUGACGGUGGUGGGGUGCCCGACGUUCGUGGAGCUGUCGCAGCCGGAGCUGGCGUUCGAGGCCAAGGCGGCGGUGAACGCGACGGUGAUCGGGUUCGGAGGGUUCACGACGGCGCUGUUGCAGUGGUUCAUAUCGCCGUACGUGAGGAGCAUGCGAUUGGACGCGAGCAAAGGGACGGUGACGGCGAGGAAAUUGAAGUGGAACGCGAGCGAAUACGAGACGACGUUCGCGGCGAGCGCGAUGAAGGAGAGCGAAAGCUCGAGACCUUUGGUGUCGUGGGAGGCGGAUGGGAAGCAUUAUUACGUGGAGAUGGGGAUGGUGCCAAAAUAUAUGUACGAUGAGUUGGAUCUGGCGCGGUUCGACGAUCAGGCCAAGGCGGAGGCGGCGGCGAGAGAGAUGGACGAGGAGGAGGAGUGA